AUGCCUGAGCCAAAACCAGCGGCCAAAAAGGCCCCCCAAAACAAGGAUGCUGACAAACCAGCUCCCAAGGAAGAGCCCCCGCAGGAGGCUCCUGCAGAGCCCCCCAAAGAAACCCCGCCUGAGGAGCAGACCCCCACCGCCGAGGAGCCCACCGGCGUUUUCCUGAAGAGGCCAGAAUCUGUGUCGGUGGAGAAUGGAAAUGAUGUAGCAGUCAGGGCCCAGGUGAACGGGAAGCAGCUCCCUGGCAAGCCGACCAUCACGUGGUUCAAGGGGAAGUGGCUGGAGCUGGGCAUCAAGAGUGGGGCUCGGUUCUCUUUCAAGGAGACCCACGACCCCGCCAGCAGUGUGUACAACGUGGAGCUGCACAUCAAGAAGGUGAUGCUGGGGGACCGUGGUGACUACCGCCUCGAGGUCAAGGCCAAGGACGUGUGUGACAGCUGCAGCUUCAACAUCGAUGUGGAAGCGCCCAGUCAGGACACCUCCGCGCAGAGUCUAGAAAGCUUCAGGCGAUCGGGCGAAGGGAAGUCGGAAGAUGCGGGCGAGCUGGAUUUCAGCAGCCUAUUGAAGAAGAGGGAGGUGGUCGAGCAGGAGAAGAAAAAGAAGAAGGAUGAUGACGACCUAGGCAUCCCCCCUGAGAUCUGGGAGCUCCUGAAAGGCGCGAAGAAGAGCGAGUAUGAGAGGAUCGCCUUCCAGUACGGCAUCACCGACCUCCGGGGCAUGCUGAAGCGCCUCAAGAAGGCCAAGGUCGAGGUCAAGAAGAGUGAAGCCUUCACGAAGAAGCUGGAUCCAGCCUACCAGGUGGACAAGGGCAAUAAGAUCAAGCUGACGGUGGAGAUCAGUGACCCAGACCUGCCCCUCAAGUGGUUCAAGAAUGGACAGGAGAUCAAGCCCAGUAGCAAGUACGUGUUUGAGAAUGUCGGUAAGAAGCGAAUCCUCACCAUCAACAAGUGCACGAUGGCGGAUGACGCUGCUUAUGAAGUCGCCGUGGCCAACGAGAAGUGUUUCACCGAGCUCUUUGUCAAAGAACCUCCAGUCCUGAUUGUGACACCUCUUGAGGACCAGCAGGUGUUUGUGGGCGACCGGGUAGAAAUGGUAGUGGAGGUGUCGGAGGACGGUGCUCAGGUCAUGUGGUUGAAAGAUGGCGUGGAGAUGACGAGGGAGGAUUCCUACAAGGCGCGGUACCGCUUCAAGAAGGACGGAAAGCGACACCUUCUCAUCUUCUCGGAAGUGACCCUGGAGGACAGCGGCCGCUACCAGGUCAUGACCAACGGCGGCCAGUCCGAAGCCGACCUCAUCGUGGAAGAAAUCAAGGUGGAGUACGUCCCCAAGCAAGAGCCGCCAAAGAUACACCUGGACUGCUCAGGGAAGACUUCAGAGAAUGCGAUUCAGGUCGUGGCUGGAAACAAGCUGAGGCUGGACGUGGCCAUCACAGGGGAGCCGCUUCCCGUUGCCACCUGGCUGAAGGGGGACGAGGUGUUCUCGGCGACCGAGGGCAGGGUCCGCAUCGAGCAGCGGGCAAACUGUAGCAGCUUUGUGAUCGAGCGCGCAGAGCGGGCGCGUGCCCUCUCCAUGACCGCCUGCUCCUCUCUGCCUGGGGGGUGUCCAGGGUACCUCAUGGAGCGGAAGAAAAAGGGCUCUCAUCGCUGGAUGAAGCUGAACUUCGAGGUCUUUCCGGAGACAACCUACGAGUGCACCAAGAUGAUCGAGGGCGUCCUGUACGAGAUGCGGGUCUUCGCCGUCAAUGCCAUCGGGGUGUCCCAGCCCAGCGUCAACACCAAGCCCUUCAUGCCUAUCGCACCCACGAGUGAACCCCAGCACUUGACAGUGGAGGACGUGACAGAUACCACCACCACCCUCAAGUGGAGGCCCCCCAACAGGAUCGGGGCAGGCGGCAUUGAUGGGUACCUGGUGGAGUACUGCCUGGAGGACUCCGAGGACUGGAUCCCAGCCAACACAGAGCCCGUCGAGCGCUGCGGCUUCACGGUCAAGAACCUUCCCACGGGAGCAAGACUCAUGUUCCGCGUUGUGGGGGUCAACAUCGCGGGGCGCAGUGAGCCUGCCAUCCUGGCACAGCCGGUCACCAUCCGGGAGAUUGUCGAACAGCCCAAGAUCCGCCUGCCGCGCCAUCUGCGUCAGACCUACGUCCGCAAAGUGGGGGAGCCGAUCAACCUCCUCAUCCCCUUCCAGGUGCGCGGGCUGGGCCGGGGUCAGGGGUCAGGGGUCAGGGGUCAGCUGCGGGCAAGCCAGACCCCACCGACCUGUGCUCCCCGNNNNGCGGCCCGCUCCGACUCGGGCGAGUACGAGCUGUGCGUGCAGAUCGAGAACAUGAAGGACACCGCCACCAUCUGCAUCUGCGUCGUGGAAAAGGCAGGGCCACCGGUGAACGUGACCGUGAAGGAGGUGUGGGGCACCAAUGCGCUGGUGGAGUGGCAGCCCCCCAAGGAUGACGGCAACAGUGAGGUCACGGGGUAUCUCAUCCAGAAAGCUGACAAGAAAACCAUGGAGUGGUUCACCGUCUACGAGCGCAGUCGCCACACCCACUGCACCGUGGCCGAUCUCAUCGUGGGCAACGAGUACUAUUUCCGCGUUUUCAGUGAGAACGUCUGUGGGCUCAGCGAGUCCCCUGGCGUCUCCAAGACCACCGCCCGGAUCCUCAAGUCAGGUAUCAACAUGAAACCGUUCGAGUACAAGCAGCACGACUUCCGGACACCCCCCAAGUUCCUGACGCCGCUGCUGGACCGGGUGGUGGUGGCUGGUUACAAUGCCGCCCUCAACUGUGCCGUCAGAGGCGACCCAAAGCCAAAGGUGGUCUGGAUGAAGAACAAGAUGGAGAUCCGCGAAGACCCCAAGUUCCUGAUGACCAACUUCCAGGGGGUCCUGACGCUGAGCAUCCGCCGACCAUCGCCCUUUGACUCGGGGACCUACUCCUGCCUGGCCGUCAAUGAGCUGGGUGAGGCACUGGCCGAGUGCAAGCUGGACGUCCGAGGUGAGCUGGCGGCCCCUCUGCCUGGCCAGCCGCGCCCACGCCCUUCACGAAGCUAACCAGAGGCACCA